AUGGAACGUAUUCUUCUUGCUACAAAUUAUCCUAACCUACAUGGACUUGGUUUAUAUGGUAUUGAUGUAGAAAAAGCUCUAUCUCUUUUUAAUGAAUUGCAUAUUCGUGUAACUGAUUUCACUGAUUUGAUUUAUUUACUUGAUGGACGUUUUAAUCAACUUCAUACAUUUCAUGUUAAUAGUAUGAUCAUUGAAUGCGCCAGUUCAACGAUUCAUAGAGGGGAUAAAUUGCCUAAUCUAAGAUGUUUUUCGUUAUAUUCUGAUAUGGAUGUACACGAUUAUGAUGAAUUAAUUGUACCACUUCUACAUCGGAUGUUGAAUUUAGAAAAACUUGAUUUACAACUUUUGGUGUAUCGUAAUAAAGGAUUCAUUAAUGGAAACGAUUUAAACGAAGAUAUUAUCAAUAAUAUGCCAAGAUUAAAUAAACUUACAUUUAAUAUUCGUUUAUUCAAUCGUCUUCCUGAUCAAAUAAAUAUACCUUCAAAUGAAAAUAUUCAACCUACAUUCAAAGACUUUAAAAGUACUCAAAUUAUUUCUUGUGUUGAUUAUUUUCAAGAAAAGCAAUACAGUUUUUGUCAUAUUUAUUCAUAUCCAUAUCGAAUGAAUUAUUAUGAUAAUAUUUCAAAUAAUUUUCCAGGUGGAUUAUUUAAAAAUGUUCAUACAGUAUCAUUAUUUGAUGAACGUCCGUUUGAAUAUGAAUUUUUUCUUCAAAUUGCUCAAUCAUUUCCAUUUGUGAAGGAAUUAACUGUUACUAAUGAAAAACCACAUAAGAAUAAAUUAUAUAGAAAAUCGAAGAACGACAAUCAAGAUUUAUCGAUUAUUAGAUAUCCUCAUCUUACUCGACUCACUCUUCUUCAAGCUCAUGAUGAUUAUGUGGAACAAUUUCUACUUCAUACGGAAGUGUUUCUGCCGAAUACUGUUCGUCUUAUUGUCUGUUAUGAAACAAUGAAAAGGAUUACAGAAAAUUUCACAAGACAUGCAACGCAAAUCAAUUGUGCAAAACUGGCUUCUGUACAUCUAGUUAAUAGAUAUAAAUUUAAAAUGUUCUAUUAUAUUGAUGAUCAAGAUCCACCUUAUUUAACAAAAUUAAAUGUAAUUGGUUUAUCACGUUUAAAAGAUUUUAAAAAUGCUCUUGAUCAAGAAAUUAUUAAUGAUGAAGAAAUUUUACCAUUUGAUACACAAGAUCGUAUUCUCGUUUGUCUUAUUUCCAUUGAAGAUAGUACAACAUCAAGUGGUGGUGGUGGUUUAGGAGGAGGAAAUAAACAAUCCAAACAUCUUCAUCAUCAUCGAGAUGAUACAAUAUUAACAUCAACAACAAAUAGUUCAUUUAAUAUUCAACAAGCAAGUCCUGUUGGUUCAUUAUCAUGGAUUGUACAUACACAACCUAUACAAAAUACAUAUAAUAAUCCUCAACAACAAAUCUUACUUCAUCAUCAACAAUCGUUACUUAAUUCAACAACAAGUAUGAAUUCAACCAUAUCAAAUACAAAUAAUACAAUGGCUGAUAAUGAACGUUUUGGUCUUGGGCUUAAUUUAAUAAAUAAUUCUGUUAUGGAUAUUAUUGCACGAGCUAUGGCUAAACCUGGUUCAGGUUUAGAUAUACGUGAUAGAAAAUGGCUUAAAAUAAAAAUACCGCAAUCAUUUCUUGGUGUGGGUUUUGAUUUAGUGAAUUGGUUAUUUAAAAAUGUUCCUGGAUUUAUUAAACGAUAUGAUGCAAGAAAGUAUGCCUCAACUAUGCUUAAAGCAGGUUAUAUUGAUCAUCCGGUUCAUAAAUCAAUAUUUUCUGAAAAGUGUUAUUAUGUUUUUGGCGAUAUUUAUUCGCAGGGUAGAUAAAAUCUUUUUCUUUUCGAAAGGUUUUAUUGAUGGAUGUACCGAGAUCGAGAUCGAACCGAGACUCUCGGUCCGAGUAGUCUCGGUCUCGGUCUCGGCCAGUGAUGCAACGAUGAUGAUAACCGACCCUUACCAUUAACGGGUUUUCACUGGUAUCACUCUGAUAUCGUCCAUACAGACUCCGAGUGUACUCGGUUUCUCGAAACUUUUAGUUCGAUUUUUUCCAUCAAUGGAAACGUUUUUUUUUUCAAAAAUAAUGAUUUUUUCAUAAGGCUCAAUCGAAAGUAAUCGGAGUCGAGGAAUCGAAAUCUACACUCAGUUUUUCAGAAUUUUGAGUUCGAUUUUGUUCAUCAAGGACAGAACUUUUUCAAAAGUAAUGGUUUUUUAUAAGGAUUAACCGAAGGUAAUCAAGGUCGAGAAAUCCGAAUCUACAAUCAGUUGGUGUGGGUGUGGGUCUGGGUGUGGGUGUGGGUCUGGGUGUGGAUGUGGGUCUCAAAAAUAAUAUCCACACCCACCAACCCACACCCACACCCCACACCCACACCCACCAACACCCACACCCUCAACCCACACCACCCACCCACACCCCACACCCACCCACACCUCACACCCACACCCACACCCUCAUUUAUUUUGCGCAUUUGUGCUCUAAUUUCUGUUUGGCUUGUUGAGUUGUAUUUCAUAUUGUGUGUUUUAUUAUGAUUUCAAUCAUUGAUUUAACUAGUAAAUAAGUCGG